GCACUGCUGGCCCAUCAGAUCCCUCGCCCAGCACCGGCAGUGCGUCAACCGACGCAGAAAAGCUACAGAGAAUGGCGCCGGAGCUUCGCGCCGGUGGUGGGGCACACCAUGGUGGCUGUGCCGCGAGUCUUCGAUUACCUGGAUGAGCUCAUGGAUGACUUGCAG